GCGUGGACAACGGCAUGGAUUAAUUGUAGGAUACUCACCACGGUCGGACAAUUGCUGCUAUCUCAAGUAAUGGAUCCCAGCAGGGACGGUGGUGUUGAACCUCCCAAGCCCCGCGCGACUCGGCGAACGCCCCGAGCCUCGCGCGCUUGCGAGACUUGUCGAGUGAGAAAGACCAAGUGCGAUCAAAACCAACCGUGUUCAUAUUGUGCCUAUCAUUCACUCGACUGUGUCUUUCGAAGUGCUCCGAACAGAGCUUCAGUUGCAGCUGGAAAGAGACAUUCGAGGAUUACAAAAAUCCAACAAAAUAAUAAAGCAAGACCGUCGCCAUGGCCUGAAGUCAAUCAGAAUGCCCAACAACACCUGCAGAAUGAGAGCAACGCUGCAGAUACCCUCAUCACCCUGCAUCAGAAUGAUUCACCGGGCUUGCUACAUGGAGGGACGCCUCGGAUUUUUCGCAGCGAUGCAGACACCAUUGCUGGUACACCAGUUCGUUUUGAAAGGAGCGAUAAUCGAGAUGACGGGGUGAUAGCGGACACCCCCGAGCUGGGUGAUUCAGCAUCACGAGAAGGACUGAGUGGCGUCAAUCUCCACACAAAUGGCACUGAGUUUUAUGGCACUUCUUCGAAUCUGGCUUUUCUUGGUAAUCUCUAUGCUAGAGCCCAGAACCAAGCAGACAACAGGACUUUGAAUACAUCUGAAGGGAUUUAUUUACGAGAUUCAUUGCAGGAAAGGAAUGCCUUUCCUUCACAACCGUCCAAUAGUGCAAAACCGACAUCUGACAAGGGACAGCUCUCUAUUGUGAAUCUGCUGUAUAAUCCAAGUUAUCCAAGUCAUUCUCCUCCGUCGCAAGAGGAACGAGAUAGAACCUUGCAGCAUGAUAGCUUGGGGAAUACAUCUCAACCCACCACUCCAGCCUCCAUCAUCGACCAAAUAUCAGGAGAAGCACAGCUAGAAAUCGAAAAAAUGUUCAUCAGCAGCUACUUUUCCAACAAACACUACAUGCAUCCCAUGCUAUGCAAAAGCACCUUUAUGCGCCGCUGCGAACACGAGGCUUUCAUCAUUUCCAAACGUCCCGUCUUUUCUCGCGGAUCUUCCAAUUUUGCAGGUCUCUAUUUUGCCGUCGUUGCGUUGGGCGCCAUCAACGCCAGUCCAAAUGAGACUUCGCUUUUGGAUCAUUACUGCACUUAUUCACCUGAUCCGAGGAAAUCGGGCACUGGGGCUAGAUACUCGGCGUUGGAGUUGGCGAGUUACUAUUUCGGUAUCGCAAAACAGGCAUUGGGGGAUUUAUUCGAGAGCUCUUCUUUGGAGAGUGCACAGGCUCUUCUUCUGAUGAGUGUAUUCUGCCAGAAUGCUUUACGACCGCAUAGCUGCUUCAUGUAUAGUGGCAUGGCUGUGAGAACGGCAAUUGCAAUUGGAUUGGCAUCGGGGAUGUCGUCCAUAUCGCUGAGUCUACGAAAGGAGGGAAGACGGACGUGGUGGUGUAUCUAUUCACAUGAAAUUGAAAUGUGCUGUUCAUCCGGCCGCCUAGACAGCAUGAAAGAACUCCACUACUACCAAGUCGCCCUGCCAACACUAAAGAAAGACACAUCUGACCAAGACCCCGACGCAGAAGACAACUACGUCGCCAUGAUCCCCGUCAUGGUAGCACUCGCCCAGAUCAUGUCCGAAGCAUCCCACCUCCUCUACCACUCCACCAAACGCUCCAUGACCGAAAUGUCGCAAAUAGCCAUGUCUCUAGAUCAGAAGUUAUGGGCGUGGAAAGCGAAUAUACCUGCCUUCUUAGCACCGGAUGUUGCGGCGCUGAAUGAUCCCGAGUGGGCGUUUAAGCAGAAAUUGGCGUUACGGUUGAGGUUCUAUGGUACUCGAAAUCUCAUCCACCGUCCGUUCCUGGUGACAUCUACGUCGUCUACGGACUCUUCCCCGGAAUUCCUCCAACACGUCCAUAUUUGUCUUGAUGCCGCGAGAUCGGGCAUUCAAAUGCAGCACGAAUCUUUCAUGCACAGGAUCUACAUUCGAACAUGGUGGUAUAAUACAACCUACGCCUUAUACAGCGCCAUGAUCCUCCUGCACCUCGUCCUCUCCAACUUCCCCGGCAUUCCCGAUGAAGAAAUCCUCCAAGACGUCGACAAGAGCCUCGAAAUCUUCGAGUCAAUGGAUAAUAUCAUCGUAGCGAGACGCUGCGCGGAAAUGAUCCGGGGCGUGCUGGAAGUGGCGCGGACGUGUCUUGCGCGACGGCCUGGGCCUGGGCCUUCGUUUCCUGCGUUUAAUACAGCGCAGGCGCAAACACACCUUGAACCGGGAUUACAGAGUAAUGUUGGUGGUGGAGGCGUGGAUGAGGAUUUCUUUUCUUCGCUGUUUAGUCAGGAUUCGCAUGGGCAGCCGGAUACGCGAGCGGAGAUUUUGGCGAAUUUGGUGGAUCCGGGGAUUUUGGAGGAUUUUGCUUUUGGGGGUGGUGGGGAGGAUUUUUCUUUUUUCUUGUCGUAGGCUUAGUAUAUAGAUGUAAGAUCGGUAUCAUACAAGGAAAGAGAAAACUACAGAAGAUAAGUAUGC